AUGAAACAUUCGAAUACGGUUGUUCCAAGUGUACUUGAAAAAAAUCAUAUUUUCAAAAAACGUCGAAUGAAUAGUGAAAAAUCAUUAUCUCCUUUGCCUGAACAUCAAAAAAAUACAACAUGUGAAUCCAAUAAAUUAGACACUGAACAUUCCACGGAAUUAUCAUUGUCAUCUGUGAAAAUGGAAAAUGUCGACCCGAUUUCCAAUGCUAAUAAUCAUAAUAAUAAUAAUGACCAAAUCAAAUCCACAUGUUGUUAUUCAAAGAAAUUAAAACGAAAAAAUUUAAAAAUCUCAAAAUCAAUAUGUUAUAGAAAUAAAUUACGUAACACAGUGAACAGUAAUAGUAAUAAUAGUACUACUACUGCUACUACUACUACUACUACUGCUCCUACCCAGAAUGAAAUUCUAUGCAAUGGAAUAACUUCCAAUUUGAAUGAUUCCAUUGAAUCAAAGCAAUGGGAUUGUGUUCCUACGUCUCGUCAUGAUUUAAAUCUUCCAACCACUGAUACUGAAUAUUUCAGUGACAAAGAUAAUCCUCCAGGAAAACAUGAUUUACAUAUUAAUGUUACUGGGCGCAAUCGUAACACUCUUACUACUCAAUUAUCAAUGGAAAAUGAAAAACGACUAACAAUUGAUUCAACAAAUCCUACUAAACAAACUCAUCAUUCUUUAAAGCAUAAUAAUCAUUUCUCAUCAAAUAAUUUAUCUGAAUCUCAUUGUAAUGAAGGCAUCAAUUCACCGUUUGCCUCUUUGGAAAAUCAUGAAUCAAUUGUUAUGAAUGGUGAUUUAACAUUAUGUGAAUUACACAAUGACAAACUGACGGAUAAUGAUGAGUUAUGUGAUAAAUCAAAUGCUCAUUGUAAUAAUUUUGAGGAGAAUUGUGAAGCAACUCAGGUACUAAAUUCCAAUUUGCACAAUCCUUUGAAUCAAAAUAAUGAACAAUGUACUACUACUCCACUGCAAAAUAGUCAACACAAAUUCAAAUUAGAAUCUAAUUUAUUAGAAAAAACAAGUUAUAAAACAGAUCAUUUAACUGGGAAAACUAAUCAUCACGCUUCUCCUAUGAUCCAGCCUAAUGAUUCAAAGCCAUCAGACUGUGGUGUCAACACAGUAUUAUUUGGUGAAGAUUCAUCAUCAACAUCCACAACAACAACAACAACGACAACACAGUAUGGAUCUAGUACUAGUGAUGAUAUUGGCUGGGCGAUUGUUCAACGUCAACGAGAAUUAAGAUUGUUAUGCACAGCUAAUCAUCGAAUGCUUCGACGACUUAUACAGGCAGCUAGAAGAGAUAUGCAACGUCAAGAAAUACUAAGGCGUCUAGCGAUUGCAGAUGCUGAUUUUUCAAGAAAUACAUUUUGUCUCUUGAAUAAGAGACUUUUAUGGAGUGCAAAUGCACACCGGCUGUCUUUUGCACCAGUAAGUAGUGGCGGUAGUAGUAGUAGUAGUUACUCAUCAAACCAAUCGAAUAGACAAGAUCAACACAAAAAUGAUACACAUCAAACAGGAUUAUUUUUCAAAUCAUUGCUUUUGAUUGGAGCUCUUGCAAAAAUUUGGCAUGAUAAUGAUGACGAUGUAAAUGAUACUGAACAAAAAUCUAAACAUGUAUAUAAUACUCCAUUAAUUGUCAAAUGUGCAGAAGUUGUAAAACCAGUAUUUAAAGAUAGACAAGCUGCAAUUAAAGCUUUGGAUGUGUUUCCAGAUGUUGCUGAAGAUGUUCAACCAGCCGUUGUGUCAAUUACUAGCACUGAGUUAGUUAUUAUUAUUAUUGUUAAUCGUUUAUGUUAUGUUUUGAAUAUCUAUCAUCAGUAUCAACCUAUAUAUUUUGACUUUUAA